AUGCUUUGGAAUGAUGAGAACAAGAAUUUGAAAUUGGUGGAUGCUCCUGUCUCUGGUGGUGUUAAGAGAGCCUCCAUGGGAACACUAACGAUAAUGGCAUCAGGUACAGAUGAAGCCCUUAAGCAUACUGGUUCAGUUCUGUCAGAAUUAAGCGAGAAACUCUAUAUUAUAAAAGGUGGUUGUGGGGCUGGAAGUUGUGUAAAGAUGGUUAAUCAGCUUCUUGCCGGAGUUCAUAUAGCAUCAGCAGCCGAGGCAAUGGCAUUCGGGGCCCGAUUGGGUCUAAAUACAAGAUUGUUGUUUGAUGUUAUCACAAAUAGUGGCGGAACAUCUUGGAUGUUUGAGAAUCGUGCUCCACACAUGGUGGACAAUGAUUAUACACCAUUAUCUGCACUAGAUAUCUUUGUGAAGGAUCUGGGCAUUGUUUCUCGUGAAUGCUCAUCCCGUAGAGUUCCACUUUAUAUGGCUACUGUUGCACAUCAAUUAUACUUAGCAGGUUCUGCUGCCGGAUGGGGUCGAUUAGACGAUGCUUCUGUAGUUAAGGUUUAUGAGACACUCACAGGUGUCAAAGUUGAAGGAAACCUUCCCAUUCUCAGCACAGAAUGUGUGUUGCAAUCUCUUCCAUCUGAGUGGCCAGCAGACCCCUUCAAGGAUACAUGUAGACUGGGUCAAAACAAUCAAAAAACUUUGGUUGUUCUGGAUGAUGAUCCAACUGGAACCCAAACCGUCCAUGAUAUUGAAGUACUAACAGAAUGGAACAUCGAGUCACUUGUUGAACAAUUCAGUAAAAGGCCUAAAUGCUUUUUCAUUUUGACCAACACCCGGUCACUGAGUUUUGAUAAGGCCGCUACGUUAAUAGCAGAUAUCUGCAAAAACCUGUGGACGGCAUGCAAGUCUGUUGAGAACAUUGACUAUACUGUAGUUUUAAGGGGUGAUUCGACAUUACGAGGUCAUUUUCCAGAGGAAGCAGACGCAGCUGUUUCAGUACUAGGUGAGAUGGAUGCGUGGAUUAUUUGCCCUUUUUUCCUUCAAGGAGGCCGUUACACCAUUGGAGAUAUACACUAUGUUGCAGAUUCCAGGGAAACAGAGUUUGCGAAAGAUGCUGCAUUUGGCUAUAAAUCUUCAAACCUGCGUGAGUGGGUAGAGGAGAAAACUAGUGGCCGCAUACCAGCUAGCAGUGUUGCAUCUAUUUCCAUUCAUCUAUUGAGAACAGGUGGACCUAAUGCUGUUUGUGAGCGGCUUUGCAGCUUGCCAAAGGUACAAAGGACAAGCCUCUGCCUGAAUUAG